AUGGCAUAUACCCUGGCUGGUGCCUGGUGGUUCUGCAUAGCUACCGUACGGAAUCCCAUACUUGCGCUAACACGUGAUUGGCUUAUCUCCGCGGCAGCUCCCUCGCCCUUGACAUCCUCGAAAGCUUCGAGUCUUCCACUAGAUGCCGUGCUCUUUGCACAGUAUGCGCGGAACAUCAUGACAACUGCGGGACUCGAGAUAUUUUUUAACUCGAGCGUAUUCUUCUUCUUUGCCGUAAUCCUUUUCUGUCUAAUCCUCCUGACCCCAGCCGACGCCAUCUACCAGUGUUACGAGACCAACCGACUCACGAAUAUCUUUUUCAUCACUGGCGCCUAUGUGAUCACAUUCCUCCUUGCAGUCCUCAUUUAUGCGACACGCAUAUAUACGAAUCGCAGUACCCUGGCUGGCAUUCCGAAAGCUUGGAUCCCCGUCGAAAAGGAAGACGUGAGCAAGAGUGUGAGGCAUAUGGUCAAGGAUGGAAUAGCCAAAAGUGUGGUUCUUGCGUACCAGGCUCGCCCGCGCGAUACCUCAGAUGAACUCGGGAGCUUUCAGAACCACAAGGAGCUUCUGAUCAACCUCAAGCACCCGCCAUGGGGUCGCGUUGAGCACCCUGGCUGGUCAUCACCCGCCUCGCCUGACCUGCCCGAUCUACCAUACCGCACUGUUGUCCAAGAACUACCCAACCUUAUCGAGGCGAAAGCCGUAUCACUCGCCCCUCCCGAUACAUUAUACCCUAAUGACCCCAAUCCCUUUGACCCGACUAGCGAAGUUGCAAUGGAGUCUUUACCAGAUAUGCGCGUGGUGGAAGUGCUCCAGCGACCGGUCUCUAUGGGCUUACGCCAAUACAUCGGCCAUCUCACAUUUCUAGGAGUGAUCAACCCACCGGAGAUCGGAGCCGAGUUCUUAGCACUCUAUGAGCGAGCACGAUUUUCUUCACAUCAGUUACACGAGACGGAAUUCCGCGAACUGAUGCACCUAUUUGCGGAAAUUCUACGGGGAAUGACAGCCCCAGCACAGCCAGCCAUUGAGGAAAUCCGAGACAGCGCAAGCUACCACCGGACGGACACUGAGUCAAUUAUCGGACCCUCUGACGAGGAGGGAGAAACGGAUACUGUGGAAAAUUUCGAUUAUGGUGGAACGUUUACACCGAUGCGAAGCAAUAGUCUGCGCCCGUCGAAUGCGUCGACGUGGGACACACAGUCAGGCUAUGAUACCGCACCAGCAGUACAGAGCCCCGCUUCGGGGAUGUCAUCGGUGAGAAGCGCUCGUAUUGGAAGGGGCCCACUGCGUACACCAUCAACCCAGUCACUGCGGCGUGUACAGUCGGGCCAGUCUGGUAGUUCAGGAGGAAGUGUGAUUCGGCUGACCCAGCCGCAAAACCCGGGGGAUCUGCCAUAUAAUUUCAACUACGCAGGCCGUAGAUAG